AGCAUACUGGAAAGGGGGCACAUUCCAAACUGAUGAACAGCCUUUUCUUUCAGUGAGACCCGAAGUAAAAAGACGCAGCAAUGACAUUCUACUGGUAAGAGCACCAGCCGUGCGCAGCUACAUCGAGCACAAAAUAACUAUUGUGGGGAUAGAUGAUUGAUAACGCAACUGCCAUAGCGCAGGCCGGGAGACGGAAACAUAUGUAAUUGUCUUAUUGUACAGCUGGUUCAGUGCCACUGGGUACUGCAUGGAUUCUUAUUGCAAUCAGUCCUUCUACAUCAGCCACUUCUACCAGCAAUUACAAAUUACUUUGAUUCCGGACGGCUUGCCGAGGAGGAAUAUUGCUGCAGAGCUAUAGGGGAAUGCCAUGUGUCGUGGCGCGACAUAAGAAGCGCUUUGUGGUGUGUUUUCCACCGGGGACAGGUGGUGUUGGGUGGUAGCGGGGGUAUAUGAAAACACAACCCGGAGACAGUUGUCUUAAGGAUGUCACGCUGCCGUACAGGAUACAUUUUUUUGCCAGAGACAGAUGCGACAGAGAGGAGUAGGCUAGUAGUUUACAAAUUAGGUUAGGACUAGGUUUGACGAAAACAUCGGAUCUCUCCUCUUCUUACAUACUGAAUAUUAAUCCAGGGGAAAUCAGACUGUAGAGAGAGGCAAGAACCUUGUAACCGCCGCGUUCCGGGCGCACCCUUUACGCGACAAUAAGCGAGUCUGUGUUCUACUGCUGCCAUGGCGACCCUGGCCCCACCCUUCUUCCUGCUGUUUUGGCUCUUCCAAUUGGCCAGCGCUGCAUUUCCGGAGGAACCGGGGCCUCUGAACUUUAUACCCACUGAAGUGGUACGGCGGUACCCAGUGUUUCUGGGUCGGCCACAUCGUUCAUCCCUGAGACAGGAGACACUGCAUAUUCAGAGAGUUCUCAAGGUGAACCGGACCCUCUACAUUGGAGCCAGAGAUGACCUUUUCCGCGUGGAGCUGGACAAUGUGGCGGGAGAGGAGAUGUUCUACAGUAAGAAGAGAACAUGGGAGUCCAACAAAAACGACAUCAGGACCUGCAGGAUGAAGGGCAAGCACGAGGACGAGUGUCGGAACUUCAUGAAGGUUUUGCUGAGUCGACAAGGAGGUCUGUUUGUCUGUGGGACCAACGCCUUCAAUCCGCUGUGUGCCAACUAUACUGGAGACACACUGGAGAUGGUGGGAGAGACGGUCAGUGGCAUGGCCCGCUGCCCCUAUGACCCUAAACACGCCAACGUGGCUCUGUUCGCCGAGGGGAAUCUGUUUACGGCCACUGUGACGGACUUCCUGGCGAUAGAUGCAGUGAUCUACCGUAGCCUGGGGGACAGUCCUGCACUCCGCACUGUCAAACAUGACUCCAAAUGGUUCAGAGAGCCCUACUUUGUCAGUUCAGUGGAAUGGGGUCCUCACAUCUACUUCUUCUUCAGAGAGAUGGCCGUGGAGUUUAACUACCUGGAGAAGGUACGAGACAAACUGGUACAGGUGUCUCGGGUGGCGCGGGUGUGUAAGGCGGACCUGGGGGGCUCUCAGAGGGUGUUGGAGAAGCAGUGGACGUCGUUCCUGAAGGCCAGACUGAACUGCUCUGUCCCUGGAGACUCCCACUUCUACUUCAACCUGCUCCAUUCCACCAGCCCUGUCAUCAGGAUGCACGGCAGGGACAUCAUCCUGGGAGUCUUCUCCACCCCCGCUAACAGUAUCCCUGGUUCAGCAGUGUGUGCCUUCGACAUGGAGCAGCUGGCUGGGGUGUUUGAUGGAAGAUUCAAGGAGCAAAAGUCACCUGAGUCUAUAUGGACCCCUGUUCCUGAUGAGCUCAUUCCCAAACCAAGGCCAGGAGGCUGUGCCAUCCAGGGCUCCAGGUUCAACUCAUCCAAUGGUUUCCCUGAUGAGAUGUUGAACUUUGUGAAGACCCACCCCUUGAUGGAUGAGGCUGUGCCCUCACUGGGACAGAGCCCCUGGAUUGUCAGGACCAUGGUCAGGUACCAGCUGAAUAAGAUGGUGAUGGACACAGAGGCUGGCCCCUACCGGAACCAAACGGUGCUCUUCCUGGGCUCCAGCCGGGGGACCAUCCUCAAGUUCCUGAUCGUCCCCAACUGGGACAACACUGUGUCCAGCAGCAAUGUCUUCCUGGAGGAGCUGGAGGGCUUCAACCCUGACAAGUGUGGGGAGGACACUCCGCAGGGGAGGCAUCUGUUGUCCCUGACUCUGGACCGGGUGAGCCGCUCUCUGCUGCUGGCCUUCCCCUCUUGUGUGGUCAGGGUCCCUGUGGCACGAUGCCAGCUCUACUCACGCUGUAUGAAGAACUGCAUCGCCUCCAGGGACCCCUACUGUGGUUGGACCAGGGGAAGCACCUGCUCUUUCCUCAGGCCCGGGACUAGACUGCCGUUUGAGCAAGACGUAGAACACGGCAACGUGUCACACUUGGGCGACUGUGACGGUCUUCUUCAGGAGUCUUUCAUUGACGAACCAGACGGUCUGGUAUCCGUCAACCUGCUGGUCGUGUCUGCAGUCUCAGCCUUCGCCACGGGGGCGGUGCUGUCUGGCCUGGCUGUCUGCUGGAUCAUGAGUCAUCGCCACCGCCAACGCACGCGAGGGGCAGGAGCCAACAAUAGGAGCCGUAAAGGGGACAAAGAGCAGAACAUGCUAGGUCAGGGGCGGAGUGGCUCGGUGAUGAGUGUGACCCGUACCAGUGGUAGCGAGAGGACCCGGUCACAUUCCCAGGCAGACAACCCGUUCGUAACGCCCAACGGCUGGCCUAAAGGAGAGAUAGACCCAGGCCUACCUACUCCAGAACAGACCCCCCUGCAGCAGAAACGGCCUCCACCCAGCAUGAGGCUCCCAGACGGAGACUGGGACCAGAGCCAGACCUUCCUCACCUCAGUGGGCAUGCCCUGCCCAGCCAACUCAGUCAUCUACCUGAGCUCCAAGUUCCUGCAGGAGAGAGGGGGCAGGCACGAAGACCCAGGGAACGUGGGGCCCCCCAACACGGAGCGAACACGUUACCUGGUCCUGGCCAACCACCGGGAGCCCCACGGAGGACAACCCAGGACCACCCUGAGGAACUCUGCAGGCGAGUACAACUAUCCAGCCACACCGCAGGACUCCCCAGACCGCAGGAGGGUGGUCUCAGCCCCCAGCAACCAGAUGGACUUUGGGGAGCCCCCCCGCUGGACCCAUGAGGGGCUUAACUAUAACAGCAACAACGGAGUGCCCUACCACUCCCAGCGCCCGGGCCUGAUCCGGGCCAACCACCACGGCCUGGCCGACUUCAAUCACCUGAUGGGAAAGAGUGUGGGCGAGCAUACCCAUAGUGGCCAGUGAGAAGAUGAGUGCCAUGAACCCCCCUCUCUGAAACCCAAUUCCCCUCAGCAACUGGAAUACCCCUCAGACUCUCCUUCCCAAAUCCUGCCCUGUCUGUUCUCUCUCACUGUCAUUCAAUGUUCUGACAUCCCCUGGCGCGUAGCCUGCCUGCCUGACUGACUGACUGAAGAGACUGGGCCACCAGAAUCCAGCAGUUUAGAGAGAGAAAGAAAGAGAGAGAGUUAAAGAGAGGAGGUUAUUCUCCUCAUGGCUACUGCUCUGCUCUCGCCCUGAGAGGUGCACCCCUCUGCUCCGUAAGUGGUUUAACCUGUGGAGCUGGGGCUGGACACAAUGAGAACAACCUCAAGGACUAGUAAUGGGUGCAAGGGAAGGAACAUUUUGUGAAAAAGGAAUUUAAAAAACAGACAACCGCUUCACUGAUAAUUUAGCAUUCAGCUUCAGUUGUGAAAGGUCUCCUUCUACUAUCUUGUGCUCUGCAAGUCAUUCAUGUUGUGUGACAUUUUUAUUUCUGCUUUGCUUUUGUGCCAGCAUCCAGGAGACAACCAUGUGUUUGUCCUUGGUUUUCAGGCCAACUCUAUCACUCAGCUCUAUCCGUCAGCUUGUGUUUGGUAGGUAUUAGCAAUGCCAGAGAACACUGAAUCACACAUUAAAGGAGAGGCUUCCUGUCUUAAUGUGAGCAUACGACAUACUGGAGCUUCUUAUAGGAAUAAGCUAGAUAAUGAUGUCAACGAUUAUUCCCAUUGUGUUAACAAUCAUGGGGGGGGGGGGGCAAAAACCAGGAGGAGAUAAGAAGAUGGUACCUUCCCAUUUGAUAAAAAAAAAAAAAAGAAUCAUGUGUUUCCUUGGAGAAGUGGAGGGAAGAAGGAAAGAGGGCAGAGAAUGGUAUGAGAACUCCCUCCCCCUCCCUCUCUCCUUCUCUGUCUCCCUCUCACUGGGUCUGUGUGACCUGACCUGAAGCCUAGGCUACCCAACCUGGUGGAGAGGAGAACACACAGCCCAUGUAGGGGAAUGUGAGCAUGGCUGUGGGAGUUCCAUUCAGGCUCCUCUCCCUGACACUGAGUCUCUUUGUGCCCUGGAGCAGGAGGAGAUGGAUACAACAAAUAGCGGUUAAGAGUCAGGGCAGGCAGGACAACCCCAGCUUCCUAGCCCAGCGGAAUAUCAAUGAGGAAAGCAGCACUCCCCUGCCCAUCCCUCCGGCCCCCUCACAGACACUGGCACCGUUUGGGACUGGGGCUGGGACCAGGCAGGGUGGUGGGCCCACGGAUGGGUUGAUAGGGCUGGGGCUGAGACCAGGCAGGGUGGUGGGCCCACGGAUGGGUCGAUAGGGCUGGGACCAGGCAGGGUGGUGGGCCCACGGAUGGGUCGAUAGGGCUGGGACCAGGCAGGGUGUUGGGCCCACGGAUGGGUCGAUAGGGCUGGGACCAGGCAGGGUGUUGGGCCCACGGAUGGGUCGAUAGGGCUGGGACCAGGCAGGGUGUUGGGCCCACGGAUGGGUCGUUAGGGCUGGGACCAGGCAGGGUGUUGGGCCCACGGAUGGGUCGAUAGGGCUGGGCCUGUCAGACUGGCAUCAUUCAGACUGCUAUCACUAUAUCCCUGCCUUUCAGCGUCUCCCACUAGAUCUCUGGCCCGGCAGCCAUUAUCAAUCCCCAAACAUUUACAAAUCAGUGUUAACUGGAUCCCCGCGCUGGGCGCCGGGUGGCAACAUGCAUGGGAGCGCAUAGACUGGCUUCAUUAGUGGGUCUGUGGGCUGGGAGGAGCAGAGGAGUAGAGCAGGAGAGAGAUGUACUGAGGCUGGAGGGGCAUAGGAGGAGCAGGGGCUGGGCUUUGUAUGACUGGCAGAGAGAAACACAGCAGCACCAGCACAUGUAGAUAUGUACAGAGCUUAAAUACCGAGUUAUGCUGACCUGCAGGGGGAGCAGAUGGCGAGGAAACCUGGCCUGUAUAGAGCCAGCUGUGUGGUGGGCUGAGGAGAGGAGCCAGGCUGGGCGGUGGGUUUGUUUGUCUUAAUGUGAAGGGGUAACCCAGUGAGGUAGAAUACUAAACGAGAUGAAUGUAGUGUAAGCACAUGAUCUAGCUGGGUAGAAAUGCCAACACAUGGCUGGGUUCAGGGAAACAGCUCAACAACUGAACGAGUGUGUGCGUGUGUGUUUGAGUGUGUGUGUCUGUGUGUGUGUGCUUGAGUGCGUGGGUGUUUGUUUCUGUACUUGUAUUACAGUAGUAAUGAGUGUUGCCAUGAAUGAGUAAUGUAGUGGGCUGGGGAGAGGGGGGGUUAUAGCAUUAGCACAGUGAAGACAUUCUUUACAUAUUCCAUACUAUAGUAGACAACCCCUCCUCCUCCGAUCUCCAUUUUAGCCCUGAGAGGAGUGUUGGUUGAGAAUAUGGGGCCUUGACGAAGUUUUGACCCCCUGUUGCCCCCUCUCCUCUCUGUCACCCCGCUAGUGGCAUCCCCUAAGUGCAGUGUGUGAUUGAGGCCUGCUCUCCCUUCCCAGCCAGCCGUGCUCCAGCUCCCUCUCUUACACUGUUUCACUAAACAUGCUUGAUUAGGCAAAGUACAUCCCAUCCCCUAAUGGUGUGAUGAGCCCCUGAGAAGAUUACUACAGACACAUCGAGAGGGAGACGAGCACCCACUCUCCUCCCCAGAAAUCACCCCUGCAUACACACACACACUCGCACACGCGCACACACACACACACACACAUACACACACACACAGCACCCUAACCAAAUUCAGGAUGUAAUUUAAUUACGAUCCGCUGUCAUCCCCAGGCCAGGGAGGAGGGAGGCCAGACUUGUGGCUCAGACCCAGAGAUGUUCUCUUUGGAAGAGCCGCAUGAUAAUAUGAUUAUCUUAGUCCCCCAUGACUAUAUAUUAAAGAAUCUAGGGUUCCCCUUUAUACAACGCUUCAGGCUUGCACACAGACGGACACAAACAUACACACACACAUGUUUCACACACACAAUCAGCCUCUUCUUCUCUACCACAUGACGUAUAAUCAUGCUGUGUCCCUCUGCUGUUUAGCUGCUACAAUCAAACAGAGGCAGUUUUUAAUGUGUCAACACCAGAAUGAGAAAUCUGGGUAAUUUACUGUGAAGCGCUCCAAAAUCUUUGCUCUUUGAAAAUCAGAUUUGAAAUGUUUUAACCGUUUUUUCAUACAUUAGCAAUCCUCUGAUGCAUUAAAUUGUUUUCUUUGGCAGCCAUUUCUUUCUGCUGGGAGAUUUUUGUUUGGUUCUGUUUGAUAUGUAGCUCACACAGUGUCGCCCCCCCCCCCCCCCCCCCCUCUCCCACAUGACCCGAUCUGUGUGUAUAAAUAUCAUGGACUGUGUGUGUGUGCCUGAGGCCAUGCCAUUGUCUGUUGUUGGCUCAUUUUCCUCGGUAACCCAGUGAUUAGCUAAUGGCUCCCGGCCACAAACUGCCAUGUCGGGAUGGGACACCCUAGAAAGAGCCAAACCAAAUAAGGAGACAUGUAACCCAGUCUGCUGAGGAAUUAACACAGGCAGCAGACAUUUUACUCAUCCAGCGAAACACAUCAAAGGAUAAGCACAAAAACGUUUGCAUUUUUGUAAAGUUGUAGAGAACAUUCUAUUUAGUCCUCACUGAUCAUUCUUGUCAUGUUUUCAUUUUUUUUCAAUUUUUUUGUUUCUAUGGUAAUAUUUGUUUGGGUUUUUGGGGAUUUGUUGUAUUGGAUUUUGACUUGCUUUGGUGUGUGAGUUUGAUGAUGAUGUUGAAGAAGAUGAUGAUUAGGAGGAAGAUGAUGACGAUGAUGAAGAGGAUGAGGAUAAUGAUGAUUCUGUACUGUGAACAGCAUCUCAGUAUUUACUCCCACUCUGAUGCCUGAGUCGUGUCUGAGAGGUGGAGAAGAGGAGAGGAGGAGAGGAGAGGAGCUGGCAAUACAGACUGGCGAUCACGACAAAGUGAACUUUCCCACAAAGAGAAAUUUCCCACUCGAGUCUCCUGCUACUGUGACAGUCCUGUGGCUCUCACCAGAGGCUGUCUGUCCCUGUCUGUGACCAGGGACACUGUCAUUAAAAAACACCACGUGUCCCUGUGUGUACAUAAUCUCAAUGCUUAAAUGUAAUUUAAGUGCAGUAGCUGCAUGACACAGCCUCUGUGUGUACAUAUGUAGAGACAUGUGAAUUUGUACAGUACAUGCAAGUGUGUGUGCUUGUGUCCGCAAAUGUCCAUCAGACAAACACAUGCAUGCACCCUCAAGCAACUGCACAAGACACACACACACACACACACACACACACACACACCCUUCAGCAGUUGAACACCAUUUCCACAUUGUCCUCAGCGCUGCCUGUCACUUAGCAUGGAGACUUUGCUCUCUGUCAACUUUCUUAUUCUAAUAAACCACUCAGACAUU